AUGACAUUUAUAAAAGAGAAUUUUUAAAGAUAUUAUUUGAUUAUUUUGGCUAUAAAAGGGAACUUAACUAAGAAGAUUUUAGAAAUUAAGAAAUCUUAUCAAUAAUAGAAUAAAUCUAAUUUCUUUAAUGGUAAGGCAAAUAUGGGCCACACUAUAAAAUAAUAAGGUAAAUGGAUUGCAACUUGGAAAGGGGAAAUAAUUUAGGAAGUUGAUGAAUACUAUGAGAAUGAAUUAAAGUUAGGUUAAUUGAAACAACCAAGUAAGAAUUAUUGGAGGUAAUGUAUACAGAAUAGUCAAGCUCAAUUAUAUGAAAAAGGAGAAUACUAUCUUGAUUAAAUAUUGGGAGACGGAAUUAUAUCUAUGAUAACUAAAUUAUGGAUGAUUAUUAAUUAAUUUAUUAGUAGAGGUGAGUCAUAUGAUUAUGGAAAUGGCAAAAUUAAAAUUAGUUACUGGAUUGAUUCACAUGACCGAUUUUCAAAUUACAGACAAUUGGCUCAUAAUGGUGAAUUUAUAAUGGUAAAAAGUAGGUAGAUGGGAAAUUGAGUAUAGAUAUGACAACAAUCAUCCAUUCUCUAAAAUGUAAAAAAUAUUAAUUAAUUGGGGACAGCGGUAGAGGAUUAUAAGAUGA